UCUUCGCUUCCCGUCGCCGCCACCGGCGGCCCUACUGGCCGCCGGAUUCUUCCUUCUAUCAGUCAUAUCAUGGAUCCGCCCCCCCUUUCGCAAUCGCUAGCUUUGAUAGAUACGAUUCCACAGAUUUUCUUGGAUCCACAAAUAUCGAAUUCGGUCAUCUCACAAGUCCAGAUCCCCUUCCAAGCGCCGGAGCUGGAAACAUUUUUGGCACAACCGGAAAUCAGAGGUUCUCUCUCAGCCUUCAUCGAUAAUCUCAAAAAGUCAAAAGCCGAAAAUGAAGCAGUAAAAAAUUUAGAGGAUGGAGAAAUCACUGAAACAGUUGAGAUAAUUCCAACUGUACACACGCAAAAGCAAGUGAAUGGAAAAAUCGGAAACAACCCCGAACAGAUACACUGUUCCAACAGCAACAGGCAGACGGAGCCUCCUCUUGGGCCGAUAAUGGUAAACAGUAGUGAUAAAAUUGGGAGCAAUGGUCUGUCGUGCUCCUUAAAGUCGGUUCUUCCAUCACCGGAAACUUCCUCGCCGAAGUCGUCACCCACCGCCGCCAAGAUUGCUCUGUUGACUCCUCAACAUCCAAACGGCCCUCAUGAUCAGGUAGGGCUUGUGCAGUCACAAGAUCAAGUUUUGGGCCAAUCCCUCUUUCUGGGCCACAACAAAUACGGGCCCAGUACAGAUCACAAUUUCACUAAUAACUCCCUUAACCCAGGUACAUCUCCUCAACCCAAUUUCAAUCUGCAGCCCAUAAUCUCCUACUCCCCAGCUCUGGGCCUACCCCUUUACGGGCCUGCCAAUCCA